CCCGCAGGCACCAUGAGCGGCCGAGUAGCGGACCUGAGCCCCCAGCAGCGGGAGGCGCUGGCCAGGCUCGGAACUUUGGCCUGCAGAAAUCUGAGGACAUGCUCCGGAAGCACAUAGAGUUCCGGAAGCAACAGGACCUGGACAACAUCCUCAACUGGCAGCCCUCAGAGGUGAUCCAACUGUAUGACUCUGGUGGUCUGAGUGGCUAUGAUCACGAAGGCUGCCCUGUGUGGUUCGAAAUCAUUGGGACUCUUGACCUCAGGGGUCUUCUCCUGUCAGCCUCCAAGGAGGAGCUGAUCCGGAACCGCAUCAAGCUCUGUGAACUGCUUUUGCAGGAAUGUGAGCUGCAGACUCAAAAGUUGGGCAGGAAGAUCGAGACGGUGGUGAUAGUGUUUGACCUGGAGGGGCUCAGCCUGAAACACCUGUGGAAGCCAGCUGUAGAGAUCUACCAGCAGUUUCUUGCCAUGCUGGAAGCAAAUUAUCCUGAGAUGCUGAAGAAUUUAAUUGGCAUUCGAGCCCUGGGCCCAUUCCCAAAGGCACCAGAUGCGCAGAUGAGUCAGGUUUACUUUGCUUGA